UUAGUCUUCGCCAUGAGAGCUUCUUGUGUAAUUGCCGCGCUUCUCCUCUGCUGCUCCCUGGGCACCGCUACGCUCUUCGACGAUGAGCUCCGCGAGCUGACGGAGUUCAUCCGCUUGCAGAUGCGUUGUGGCUAUCCCGACAGGGGUGUUCCCGUCUUGGCUCCCGCCCAGGUCGCCUAUCAGGAAAUCGCCAUCAACACUGAGAACUUUGGUUGCAAUGGUAACUUCACCGACCUUGUUGUGGAGGGCCUGGAUGGGUACGAGAUAUCCCAGCUGGAAUGGAGCAACAUCCGGCACACCAUCAAGUUCGACAUCAAGUUCCCCAAGAUAUCCCUGAAGAGCUCCAACUACAAGCUGAACCUCUUGGCCGGACUCUUCGGAGACAGGUUCUCGUUGUGGGGCGACGGGGCGUUCGAUCUGGAGCUGAUCGACUUCCGGGCCCACGGCAGCUUCAUCAUCCGCCCCACCACGGCCACCAGCGGUGUGCAUGUGCAGAGCUGGAAGGUGGACUGGGAGCUGGGGGAGGCCAAGUCCCAGACCACAGGAAUCAUGGACAGCCGCCUGUACUCGAAGUUCGUCAACGAGCUGGUCAAGGAGUACCUGGACAUCCUGGUCAACGACAACCCCGCCGAGGUCAGCCAGUUCAUGGAGGAGCUCAUCGUGCCCCCCAUGAACGUGGUGCUGGCCAAUGUGGCCUGGUACGAGAUAACGGCUAUCAUUCUGGGCCUGGUCAACGGCGUUCUGCCGGUGGAGCCCAUUUGCUGAGUGGCCCGUCCAGGAAGUCGCCAGCCAGGUGUUUCAAGUGGCUGGCUUUCAAUAAAUGACUCACUGGAGACUUGAUAACAA